AAAUGGUCUGGAUCCUCAAUUUCUAUUUUCUUCCGGUCUCUUUCAUCAAAAUUUCUCCAGGCAGUCCCGGCUUGGCACUGAACCCGCGCAAGAGAGCCGGUAAAAACAUCCGUUCCCACUUUGCUGCGACGCAUUUUCAAUUUCAAAAAAAUUUUCAGUUAAGUUUGGAGGUCAUCAUCCUCAUUUCAAACCAACUCCAAAAUUAGAGAGAGAGAGAGUGAGGAUAAUGCUUCACGAGGUUCUGCUGGCGCUCCUGGGCUACACGGGCGAUCUCAUAAUCGACGAGAGAGAUCACCGCAAUUCCCUGGGCAUCGCCUUGUCUCCCGACGCUCCCAUCGCCGACGAGCCCACUUUCAAGCUCGCUCCCGAUAUCUCCUUCCUCCAACCCAGCGAAAGGGAUCUGAUCGAGAGGAUCGUGACGCUAGGGUUUUAUUACCGAGAGCUCGACCGAUUCGCGACCAAGUCUCGGAAUUUGAGUUGGAUAAGGUCCGAGAACGCGAGCCCUUUAGCGACGAUCUCCGAGUUGUCCAAAGGAAAAACCGGAAAAAAGCAGAGCGUGUACCGUAGAGCUAUUGCUAAUGGUAUUGUUGAGAUUCUGUCGGUAUAUAGGUCGGCUGUUCUCCACAUUGAGCAGAAAUUGUUGUCCGAAACUGUCCCCAUUUUGGCCACUGUAACUCAGGGCCUCAAUAAGUUUUUUGUUCUUUUACCGCCUUUAUACGAGCUUGUUCUAGAGAUAGAGCGCAAUGAUAUUCGCGGCGGUCAACUUCUUAACCUUUUGCACAAACGAUGCCAUUGUGGAGUACCCGAAUUGCAGACGUGCAUUCAAAGGCUUCUUUGGCAUGGACAUCAGGUUAUGUAUAACCAGCUUGCCUCAUGGAUGGUUUAUGGGACUCUUCAAGACCAGUAUGGAGAAUUUUUCAUUAGGAGGCAGGAGGACAGGGAUGUAGAGCAUGGUUCUUCUCAUUCGGACAUAUCGGAAAAGUUGGCACGCUUAUCUACUGAUGAUACGUCUCUAACAGAUUGGCACUUGGGUUUUCAUAUUUAUUUGGAUAUGCUGCCAGAACAUAUCCAUAUGCGUGUUGCAGAAUCAAUUUUAUUUGCAGGUAAAGCUAUAAGGGUUCUUCGCAAUCCAAGCCAUGCAUUUCGGUUUCAGGAUGCUGCACAUCAUCACCAGAUGCCAAAAGGCUCUCAGAAAUUUCAAGGGUUCACAGGACGUUUUCCUUUCCAAAAGGAGCCACUUGUUGAUACAGAAAAUAUUGGAGAAGAAUUGCUGCCCCAGUCUGAGGCUGAUAAGAUUGAAUCUAUGCUUUUAGACCUAAAGGAAUCAUCAGAAUUUCACAAAAGAUCAUUUGAAUACGCUGUCGAUUCCAUUCGCGCUAUUGCAGCCAGUCAUCUUUGGCAGCUUGUGGUUGUACGAGCUAAUUUGAAUGGCCAUCUGAGAGCCCUAAAAGACUAUUUUCUUUUGGCAAAAGGAGACUUUUUCCAGUGUUUUCUUGAGGAGAGUCGCCAGUUGAUGCGUUUGCCUCCUCGCCAGUCAACUGCUGAAGCUGACCUUAUGGUCCCUUUUCAGCUGGCGGCAAUAAAGACUAUUGGUGAGGAAGACAAAUACUUUUCCAGAGUAUGCUUGCGGAUGCCUUCAUUUGGAAUGACUGUUAAAUCCUCACAAGGAGAUUUAGCGAAGGAUGGUAAUUCAGGUGCUACUUCAGAUACAGCCAUUGAUGGCUGGGAUGGGAUUGCUCUCGAGUACACUGUCGAUUGGCCAUUACAGUUGUUCUUCACCCAAGAAGUGCUCUCCAAAUAUAGUAGGGUCUUCCAAUAUUUGCUGCGGCUCAAACGCACACAAAUGGAAUUGGAGAAAUCAUGGGCCUCCGUAAUGCACCAAGAUCACACAGAUUUUGCAAAACGCCACAAUGACCGCGUAAAUGGUUCAGCACCUCAACAACGACGGCAACGAUUCAGACCAAUGUGGCGCAUUAGAGAGCAUAUGGCAUUCUUGAUUAGAAAUCUUCAGUUCUAUAUACAGGUGGAUGUGAUAGAAUCUCAGUGGAAUGUGCUUCAAGCUCACAUUCGAGAUUCUCAUGAUUUUACAGAACUUGUGGGAUUCCAUCAAGAGUAUUUGUUAGCUUUAAUUUCACAAUCUUUCUUGGACAUUGGAUCUUUAUCAAGAAUACUAGACAGUAUAAUGAAACUUUGUCUUCAAUUCUGCUGGAGCAUUGAAAACCAAGAAAGAGGUGCAGAUACAUCUGAACUAGAACAUAUAACAGAGGAAUUUAACAAGAAAUCGAACUCGUUGUACACUAUAUUGCGUAGCAGCAGGCUUGUUGGAAAUCAGCGAGCCCCAUUUCUGCGGCGUUUCCUUGCGCGUUUGAACUUCAAUUCAUUCUUUGAGGCAACUGCAAGGGGUGUCCUGAAUGUUGUCAGACCUCGUCCCGCACAUUCAGUUUUGAAUCAAGACUAACAUUAUAUCACGAGUUUUGAAGUGCUUUCUCGUAUAUACAACAGUUUGCCAUGUGAAUAUGAUCACUGGUGAAUUAUCUCAUUGUUGUGAGAUUACUGAAGGAAAUUACAAGUGCCCAGAUAAUGCUCCAGCGUAAGAAAUGAUUUUCAAGCUGUCCUGACAGGUAGGUGAGGCUUUUAGUAUUUUGCCUGAGGAGGCGCACAGAAAAUCAGCUUGACGUUCUUCUGAUCAUCCUAAUGUUGGUGGGGCUGAUGAGGAUGUUCUUGAAUGUGUUGAUUCUGCUUGGUAAUCCAGUGGUAAACCAUCCCUGGGAAGUUAGGUUUGCUUUUUUGGGUUGGUAGUUUGAGUUUAUCGAUCCUAGGAUGAGCCUACAGUUUCCACUCAUGUGCCCUAAGGCGGUGCUUUGCCAUUCUCUACUUUAGAUAGAUUUGCUGGUUCUGGUCGAUUCUAAACCCCCCUUGGUGAAUCCUUGGAAAACGGGUGGAAAAAAAGGUCUUUCGAGUAGAAAAGUUUGCAAUUCUUAAAGCAUUAAGUUUGCACUUUUAGUCAACUAUGAAUUAUGACUAGUGCUACCUGAAAAUAAAAAGAAUUAUUAAAAAGACAAAAAAAAUAUGUGAAUUGGAUUUGAGCAUAAAGUUGUCUAUAGAUUAUGGAAUCA